GCAACCCUGGGGAGGACGGAGUAGGGGGUAAAAAUCCGAGCAAAGGCCUGAACUGAAUGGAGGGUUACUCUGGCUCUGAGUGCGACAGAGUGUCUGAGAUUUCCUCCUCUAUAGAGGAUGAAGUCCCCGAAGGGUUGGUGGAGCCCCAAGAAGUGGCGGAGCUGACUAACAGUUUAAAGGAGAUUAUCCAGAAUGAAGAUGUGAAACCCAAACUACAAUGCAUCAUGUCCGAGCCUUCCUUUUCUGUGGUAACAGUUCAAAGUGAAGAUAGUGAAAUAACAUGGGAAACCAGCUCAAGCAGAUGUUCCACUCCUUGGGCCUCAGAAGCAAGUGCUACUUCUGAUCUUUGUAGUGUUGAAAGUUCAUCUGUAGAUUCUCCCCCAGGGAAAGUUAUCUUUCUCAUGGAUGAAGGUAAGACUGUCCGGAAAAGAAUGUGUAAAUCAUCAGAUAGGACAUCAGACUUGAAGGGAGGCCAGGGCAGCAAAAAGAGUGACUUGUCCAGAAUGCAGAUGCAAGAAUUAAGAGAUGCUCCCACAAAAGUGCAGGAUGCUAAGUUAAAUGCUGCUCAGCUGGAAGCACAAGCUAUGGAUGCAGAAACUUCAAAAGAUAAAGAGGAUUUGCUAGACAUUACAGGGGAACCAGUGUCACAUGCUUCAAUUGCCUCCAAGUCCAUGGGUAAAGAAAAUAAACUGAAAAAAGGAAGGCCAGCCCUUAAUGGGGCUGUAAGAGCUAAAAUCCAGAAGUUCAGUUCAAUUUCAGAAGAAGAAACACCAAAAUUUUUCCAAAAGAAGGGUAGUAAAGAUCCAGCUGUGCCAUCAGAUAUAAAAAGGAAGCAGAAACAACAGCACAAAGGAUUCUUAAAUCAAAGCCUUUCCUCACCUUCUUUGGUGCAUCUUGAAAAGAAUUGCACUGAUAGGGAUGAUGGUUCACUUCAUAAUAUAAAACAUGUCAAAAUGAAUAUUGAAUCUAGCAGUUUUUCAAACGCGGGUGUAACAGUUCCUCUUGAUAAAGAAGAGAGAAAAGAGACACAGUCUUCUCCAGCUGAGACUGUACAUGAGACAUCAGAACAGUCACUGUCUUUUUCAUCAUACCUUCCUGAGGAAGAAGGGAAGCAGGAAAUCCACACAAGUUCACCCAUGCCCAUAACAUCAAUAUCAGAACGGUCAAUAUCUGAGCCAUCAGAUCUUAUGGCUAUAGCAGAGAGAGAAGAAAUACAGCCCUUUCCUAUAUCUACAGAAUCUGUCUCUGAACAUUCUAGUUCAUCACAUACUGGUGAGGAAACAGAGAAGCAAGAAAUUCAGUUUUAUUCACCUGUGACUGCACAGUUGGAGCCUGAACAUUCAGUUUUAUCUGAAAUAAAAAAGCAUGAUAUUAAACCUUAUCCACCUGUAACUGCACAAUCCGAAUGUGAACAUCCAGAUUUAUCAUAUUCCAUCGAGGAAGCAGAAAAGCAAGAAAUUCAUCCUUAUUCGCCUGUAACUGCACAACUGGAAUCUGAACAACCAGAAAUAUCAUAUUCUACUUGUGAAACAGAGAAACAAGAGAUGGAGCAAUUGGAGUCUGAACAUUCAGACCAGCAAGAUAUCCAACCAAACACUCCCAUAACUGCUCAGUCAGAGUCUGAACAUUCAGAUCUAUUCUAUUCCAUUGAAGAAGCAGAAGAGCAAGAGUCUUAUUCACCUGCAGUUGAACAACUGGAGUUUGAAAAUGUAGAUUUAUCAUAUCCUGUUGAUGAAACAGAAACACAAGAAAGUCAAUAUUAUUCACAAGUAACUGCAGAACCGGAGUCUGAGCUUUCAGAUUUGUCAUAUUCCAUUGAUGAAGCAGAGAAACAAGCUGCACAAUUGGAGUGUGAACAUCAAAUUUUAUCACAUUCCAUUGAAGAAGCAGAGAAUGAAGAAAUUCAGCCAUAUUUACUUGUACCUGCACAAUUCGAGUCUGAACAUCUAGUUUUAUCUGAAACAGGGAGUGAAGAAAUUGAGCAUUAUUCACUCACAACUCCACAAUUGGAAUCUGGUCAUUUAAUUUUAUCAUAUCCUAUUGGAGAUACAGAAAUCCGAGAGAGUCAGUGUUAUUCACAUGUACCUGCAGGACUGGAGCCUGAACAUUCACUUUCAUAUUAUUCAGUUGAUGAAGUAAUUCCCCAAGAAAUUCAAUCUUCUUCACCUGUAACUGCACAAUCUGUGCCUAAACAUUUAGUUUUGUCACAUUCUAUUGAUGAUGAAGAAAAGCAAGACAUUCAGCCAUAUAGACCCAAGCCUGCAAAAUCAAAGUGUCACUCUUUAGUUUCAUCAUAUGACACUGAUGAAGCAGAGAUGCGAGAAAUUCAGCUACAUUCACCUAAAAUAGAAAACUUGAUGUCUGAACAGUUAGUCACUAUGCCACUAAUGCAUAUUAAUGGCAGAGAUGGCACAGUUAACAGCUCCUUCUCCCAUCUUCAUUGCUGA